AUGUCCCGAACAACAACUCAGUCAAUCUCCUAUAAUGCCAGUGGUUCCUUAACCUUUGUGUUUGGUGAUUCAGUGUCAGUGAUGGAGGGAGAUUCUGUCACUCUAAACACUGAUGUUACUGAAAUACAUAAAGAUGAUGAUAUACUGUGGAAAUAUGGAGCUGAAAAGUCUCUCAUAGCUAAAAUGAAUAAAAAGAAGCAAAACUUCUCCACAUUUGAUGUACCUGAUGGGAGAUUCAGAGACAGACUGAAGCUGGAUCAUCAAACUGGAUCUCUGACCAUCACACACACCACAACUGAACAUACUGGAGUUUAUCAACUGGAGAUAAGUGGAGCGAAAAAAUCAUCAAAAACAUUCAAUGUUUCUGUCUAUGCUCGUCUGCCUGUUCCUGUCAUCAUCAGUAACUCUUCACAAUGCUCUUCUUCAUCAUCAAAUUGUUCACUGGUGUGUUCAUCAGUGGUGAAUGUGAGUGAUGCGACUCUCUCCUGGUACGCAGGAAUCAGUGUAUUGUCCAGCAUCAGUGUGUGUGAUCUCAGCAUCAGUCUCUCUCUACCUCUGGAGGUGGAAUAUCAGGAUAAAAACACCUACAGCUGUGUGCUGAACAAUCCCAUCAGCAACCAGACCACACAUCUGGACAUCAACACACUCUGUCACACAUGUGCAGUUCCUCCAGUCUCAGUGUCUCUGAUAGAGUUGAUCUCUGUUGCUGUUGGAUCUCUGUUGAUUGUAGUUGCAGUCAUUGGGAUCUUCUGCCUCUGCAGGAAACGUAAAAAAUCAGUUCAGACCCAGGAGAAAGACAUGAAUAAUUCUGCAUUGUGUAAACCAACAAGACGAAAAAAGCUCGUCUGCCUGUUCCUGUCAUCAUCAGUAACUCUUCACAAUGUUCUUCAUCAUCAUCAAAUUGUUCACUGCAUCAGUCUCUCUCUACCUCUGGAGGUGGAAUAUCAGGAUAAAAACACCUACAGCUGUGUGCUGAACAAUCCCAUCAGCAACCAGACCACACAUCUGGACAUCAACACACUCUGUCACACAUGUGCAGUUCCUCCAGUCUCAGUGUCUCUGAUAGUGUUGAUCUCUGCUGGAUCUCUGAUGAUUGUUGCUGGAUUUUGGAUCUUCUGGAUCUGCAGGAAACGUAGAACAAUUGACAAAGAAGGCAAGUAUUACCGCUUUUAA